GAGCGGGACCCGGAGCGCGAGCGGAGCGGAGCCGCCAACCAAGCCAACGGCCGCGCCUCGAGCGGAGCCACGAGCGGAGUGGAGCGAGGGAGGGAGGGAGGGAGCCGCGAGCGGACAGUGGACGGUGGACGGCGGCGGGGACUGCAGGCGGGGAAUGAAUGGCUUUCAGGACAUGCGUUGCACUCUCAAAUGAUAACGUGUCCUGGGUGAGGUACAAGCAGCAUGGAUCAGGAUGAUUUUCCACCCCCACCUCCUGAAGUUUUGGAAAAUGAACUUCCAUACACUGAUGAUGAUGAUGAUGACCAGGAAGAAGGAAAAAAGUUUGAUUUUGACAGCGAUGAAGUACCGGAGGCAGAUCAGGAGCCCACCUCUGAACAUGGACCUGUGUUCAUACGCGCACAGGAACAGGGACCUCCCCUGGACUUCACACCGGAUCACGUGGCUAUCGAGGCUUUACCUGACAACAAUGGAUAUUAUGAAAUAACAGAAAACAACAUGUUUGCGAAUCGACACACACACGAUUCAGCUGAAAACCCAGAGGCAAAGACGCAAGGAAAGGACGCAGCUGCCGGACGGCGGAGCUCACCAAAGCAGACUGCAGCCGAGGUGUCGGUCACAAAAGUGAACCCAUAUUCAGUUAUAGAUAUCAGGCCGUUGCAGGGGGCUGAGCAAGUGGAGCUCUCAGGAGCAGAACAUGGCUGCCAGGAGGACAAGACAACGGGCCACUUGCCGUCUCCGGGAUAUUGUGUACCCGUUCCCUGUGGGUAUGCUGUGCCAUCCAAUGUACCAAUGCUGAUCCCGACAUAUACAGCACCCGUCACUUUAAUAAGGAAUAUUUCGGUCGACGAGGAAGGUGUAUUUCAAAGUGAAGAAUUUCAAGGCAGUCCUACUCCAUCAAGCACUCAACAGGCCAAUGAAGAUUACCUGGCUUUUGAAACUGGAAACGCCAUUACCAAAUGGGCAUCGGAUCCAGUGAACACGGCAUGGUUGGAGGGUCAGGAUGAAGUGAUUUACGAUGAUGUGCCAAGAGAGAAUUCAGAUGCAUCAGCAACAGAUCCAGAGGAGCUGAUCUAUGACGACGUGGAACGUGGAGACGAAGCGGCAACAAGUUCUCUGGAUUAUGGUUGGAGCUCCAGUGAGUUUGAGAGCUACGAAGAGCAGAGUGAUGGCGAGUCCAAAACGGAAAAUGGAAUUCCCAAUUCGUUUCUCCAAGGCAAAUCGCACAAGAGUAAGAUCCAUCUUUCCCAAGACAUAAGUCGAUUAAAAGAGCAUUAUGAGAAGAAGAUGAAGGAAUUGGCAAAUGCUGUUGGAAGUGUGGAACUGCAGCAACUGAAGCAGAAACAGGAGCGGAAGAUGCAACAGUUGAUGAAAGCUGCGAAGGAGGGAACUAAAGAUGGAAUAGAGAAAACCAAAGCCGCUGUUCUUAAGCGAGGCCGCUCGUUUAUCAGACACAGGUAUCAAGAUCACCGGUUGGGGAGCCUGGAUGAAGAGGAACAGAAUCUCUUCAUUGAUGUGGACUGCAAGCACCCGGAGCCAGUAAUGACACCAAUGCCUGAAGGGCUGACACAGCAACAGGUGAUCCGGCGAUAUAUUCUUAGUUCCAUCAUUGAGAGUGAGAAGAAUUACAUGGAUGCAUUGAAGCGAAUUCUGGAGCAAUACAAGAAACCUCUUUCAGAGAUGGAUCCUAAACUAUUAAGCGAAAGGAAACUCAAAAUGGUAUUUUACCGAAUUAAGGAGAUCCUCCAGUGCCAUUCCUUGUUCCAGAUCGCCCUAGCCAGCCGCGUGACUGAGUGGGACUCAGUUGAAAUGAUUGGUGAUGUCUUUGUUGCCUCCUUUUCGAAGUCAAUGGUACUUGACGCAUACAGUGAGUAUGUGAACAAUUUUAGCACUGCCAUGGGAAUUCUGAAGAAAGUCUGUGCCACCAAACCUGCCUUUCUGGAAUUUUUGAAAAACUGCCACGAGUCGAGCUCUGAUCGGAUUACUUUCUAUGGCUUGGUGAUGAAGCCAAUUCAACGGUUUCCACAGUUCAUUCUUCUACUCCAGGACAUGCUGAGAAACACCCCGCGGGGACAUCCCGACAGACUCCCUCUCCAGAUGGCACUCACUGAACUGGAAACAUUAGCCGAGAAACUAAACGAGCAGAAGCGGGAAGCAGAUCAGCGAUGUGAAAUGAAACAGAUCGCAAAAGCCAUGAAUGAACGUUACUUGAACAAGCUUCUCCGUAGUGGAAACAGAUACCUCAUAAGGUCGGAUGACAUGAUGGAGACGGUUUACAAUGAAAAAGGAGAGAUGGUGAAAACCAAAGAGCGCCGCCUGUUCAUGCUGAACGAUGUACUCAUGUGUGCCACAGUCAGUUCCCGACCCCAGCAUGACAGCAGUGGUGUGGUAUCCCCUGGAUUGCGGUACCUACUGAAGUGGAGUGUGCCACUGAGGCAGGUCGAAGUGGUCGAGUUUGGGAACAGUGAGGAUCUUGCUGAGAAAAGUCGAUUUAUACCCUCGCAUUCUGGAGAAAAGAUUCUAAUUAGUACAAAGCCAAGCAAGCUCUAUAUGGGACCGUGCCAGCUGUAUCAAGAUCUACAAAAUCUGAUGCAUGAUCUGAGUGUGGUGGGCCAGAUUACGCAGCUUGUCGGUACUUUAAAAGGAAAUUAUCAGAAUUUAAAUGUGACUGUGAGCCAGGAUUGGACAGCGGGUCUUCAGAAGCUUAUAUAUAAAAAGGAAGAAGAAAUCAGAGCUGCAGAUCGUUGCCGAAUUCAACUGCAGUUACCUGGAAAACCAGACAAGUAUGGGAAUCCUUCUUUCUUCACUGCAGUUUUCAAUACUUUCACUCCAGCAAAUAAACUCUCCUGGAUGAGUAGUUUACAGAUGGCCAAACUGGCCCUUGCUGAGGAAAACCAGCUGGGCUGGUACUGUGCCGAGGAUGAUGGGAAAGAAAUAAAGCACCAGAAACGCCCCCUUCUUGUCAGAUACAUGCCUGUCACCAUGUCAAAGCUUCAGGAGUUCAAGGUUGAAUGUGCUGUUCAUAACCCCGAAUGCUGUAAUGCAUCUGAUGCACCAAACUCAUUCUCCAUGGAACAUGGGUAUUUGUGGAUUGGAAGCUGCACAAAUCAAAUGGGGCAGAUCACCAUCGUCGCACUUCACAACUCCAAUCCGAAAGUCAUCGAAUGCUUCAACGUUGAGUCUCGUAUACUGGCCAUGGCAUAUGUGCCAUGUGAAGACAGACCCAAAAAUGCCAAAGUCUUUCCCGACUCCGAAGCUGCAACUUCAAAAGCCACUGAGAGCCCAACGAUCUGUCUUGGAAUGGAGGAAGGCAGCAUUUCAGUGUACAAGAGCAAUCAAGCAUCGAAGAAAGUAAGACUUCAGCAUUUCUCUGCUCCAGACAAGUCAACGGUGGUGAGCCUGGUCUAUAGGUUUCACUGCCUGUACGCUGGACUUGUCAAUGGAAAUAUCGCAAUCUUUACCAAGGCAGAAGAUGGAUCAUGGAAUGCUGAUUCACCCAAAGUACUGAGACUAAGUGAUCUGCCAGUCAAAACCAUCCUGGUCAUGGAAGAUACAAUCUGGACUGCUUCUGGGGGACUGGUUUUCAUAAUCAGCACCCUGACUCACACAGUGGAGCAACAGUUCGAGGCUCAUCAGGAAGAAGGGAUGGUGAUCUCACAUAUGGCUGUGGCUGGUGUUGGAGUCUGGAUCGCCUUCAGCUCCGGAUCUGCCCUGCGUCUGUUUCACACAGAGACCCUCGAACAUCUUCAGGAUAUCAACAUUGCAACUCCCAUUCAUAACAUGAUACCAGGUCAACAGCGGACGACUGUAACCGGUCUUCUCGUGUGUCACGGUUUACUGCUGGUGGGAACCAACCUCGGGAUCAUUGUAGCAUUGCCAGUUGCACGACUGCAGGGAAUACCUAAAGUUACAGGCAGGGGAAUGGUGUCCUACCACGCUCACUGUGGUCCAGUCAGAUUUCUCACCAUGGCCACUGCCACUACCACAAUAAUGAAUAAAAUCCCGUCUCUGACAAUCCUGCCUUUGCCACUGGAAGGGAAGAGUGGAGAAAAGCCUGGCUGCGGCGGGACGCAAACAGAAUGGUUCGACACGCCUAACAAGGACAGUGGGCUGUGGCUUGGAGACUCCGCAGCACCCACUGCACAGCACAGCGACCUGUCUUCACCUACAGCGUCUCCAAGCUGGUCCCACCAAUCCAGUGCACAGGAGCAUGGGCCCGAGGACACUGCGCUCUACGAGCUCAUGAAUGACUCCAGUCUCUCCAGCAAAAGUAAAUGCCUCGACAACGGGGGUUUAAGGAAGACGAAGAUGACUUCUGUUUUGGUCAUUUCCGGAGGUCAGGGGGACAAACGGCUCAACAAGAAGUCCAAGCAACGGCAAGACGAAACCAUUUCCACCGUCAUGAUUUGGCAAAUUCCAUUGUUAAACGUGUGACAAGUUCAGGGCACAGUCAGUCUCUUAUCCUGAGAUCCCCAGUCCUGUCGGAGGGGAUGUACCUGCACAUUGUAAAAUUAUGCAUAAAUGAUCUUCCAAUUUUUGAACGGUGCUCUUAUCAUGUCAAGUUGACCAACCAGCAAUGGUUGGUCAUGUUCAAGAGUUUGCAAGGUGUAAAUCUGCCUUUGAACAACUUCAAGAGUCAAGAGUGUUUUAUUGUCACAUGUCCUGAAACGGAACAAUGAAAUUCUUAGUUGUAGCGACACAACAGAUAUGUAAACAUAGUACAUAUUCUUAUAUUAACGAAUCAGAAAGUUUUAAUACUUUUGUUAUCGAUUCUUUAAAUGCAAUUCCAUGGGCUACUCCUCGGAGGUCUGUUCUGUUCUGGAGAAGAUCACCUGGGGGCUGAUAUUUCCAAGGACAUUUUCUUAAAGUGUCAACCAUGAUCAGGCUUAACACUGAUUCACAGACCACCUCUUCAUUCAUGAAAAGUUUGUGGUCGACUUUUUAAAUCAAUUUUCAGGGACCUUUAAAUGAAUAAGUGAAAUCUGCCAACUGCAAAACACGUAACACCCUAGGAAUAAGGAAGUAUGUGGAAAUUUAAAAAGUUUCAGAUUCAUUUGUUUUCCAGAGUAAAUCA